AGUGAAACAUCAAAUGUGUUAGUAAGACAAUAUUUCCAGGAAUAUUAGGUGACACAUAGACUGCAUUAAGAGAGCUACUGAUUUGAGCUGCUUUGAUAUGAAAACAGCCUCCAGCGCGUCUUCACUCCUUUAAAACCCUAAUGUUUAGAUUACUGCAGAACAUGAUGUGCCCAUUAGCUGCCUGAAAUCACAUGGAGGUGCUGUCACAUGACAGUCUGAACCAUGGCAGGAGAGAUCAAUGAAGGAUCAGUUCCUGCCUAUUACAGGGAAGUAUAUGAGGCCAUCCGCUGUAGGACAGAUGAGAGAGUGCAGGUUGAAGUUUUUCAACGGUUGCUCCAAAGGACCGAUAUCUCCAAGCCGGUGUUAGGCCAGAUUGCUGAGCAAGUUGACUCCACAGAUGGAUUCUUGAGCAAGUUGUCUCUCUAUAAAUUGCUCGCGUUGAUUGCUCUUGCUCAACAAGGGAAGCAACCAAGCCCCAAACUUUUGGAGAACUGCAUUCAAGAGUUACCCAAACCUCAGCUCGGGGAGCCGCGGGAGCUGAACGCUUUGAGGAUGCAGCCGGCUCAGGAGGACGUUCUGACGAUGUCCCAGACGCUGGACAAACUGCUGGGCAGAGACACAGUCCAGCUGGAGCUCAUACCGGAGAAGAAGGGCUUGUUCCUCAAACAUGUGGAGUACCAGGUCACCAGUCAGCGUUUUAAGAUUUCAGUAUACCGGCGCUAUAGUGAUUUUGAUGUCUUCCAUGAGGUUUUGCUUCAGAGAUUUGCCUACAGAGUGGUGCCGGCACUGCCACCUAAAAGGAUGUUAAAGGGAGUCCUGACCUCUGUCUCUGAGCGGGAGUUCAUUGAAUGCAGGAGACGUGCUCUUGGAAGAUUCAUUAACCUGGUGGCUCGGCAUCCCUUCUUCUCAGUGGACGAGCUUGUCAAGACCUUCCUCACCUUCAGUGGCUCUGAUGUUCAGAGUAAGCUGCGUGACGCUUACAAAAAAACUGGUGAUGAGUUCAUGACUAACAGAAUUGCAACCUUGGCCAAGGAAUAUCUCCCCGCUGAUAUUCAGGCCCAGUUCUCAACAAGCCGAGAGCUGAUUCGAAAUAUUCACAACAGCUUCCAGAAGCUGCGGGACAGAGCUGAGAAAAUGGCCGAGCGCUCUAAGGAGAAUGCAACUGAUCUUCUCAUGUUUGGCAGAGAGCUCAGUACGCUGGGCUCCGAUGGCUCGUCUCUUCCCUCCUUGGCCUCUUCACGAAGCACCUGGGGGACUCUGCGUCAGUCUCUGAAGAGUCUGUCGGUGGAGUUUGCUGUGCUAUCUGACAAAGCUGCUCAGCAGGGCAGACGGGAAGAGGAUGAUGUUGUGGAGAAACUAAAUAUUUUCUUGGAUUUGCUGCAAUCGUACAGAGAUCUCUGUGAGCGACAUGAGAAAGGCGUGCUCCACGAGCACCAGAGAGCUCUGCACAAGUACGGUAUGAUGAAGAGGCAGAUGAUGAGCGCCUCGGUGCAGCCCAAAGAGCAGGCGUCUGUGGAGCAGCUGGAGUCACGGAUCGUUCAGCAAGAAAACGCCAUCCAGACCAUGGAGCUGCGUAACUACUUCUCCCUGUUCUGCCUUCAUCAAGAGACGCAGCUUAUCUUCAUCUACCUUCCCAUCACUUCUCACAUUCUGGGGGCUUUCGUUAACUCCCAGGUCCAAGGACACAGAGAGAUGGGAGCGGUGUGGAAUGAACUCCAGCCAAAGCUCGGCUGUCUCUUUGGGGGUAAUAACGAAUCGAAGCCUCCCAUCUGAAACCUGAACGCACGAGAGAAACUCUGCCGCUGAAGAGGAUCCCAAACUGGAAAAUAACUCGCUCUGUGUGCUCAAGAAAGUCUCUUAUAACUCAAUAUACAUUCCAUUUAAUACGAGUAUUUCAUUAUGUAAAUGAGUUCUCAACUUCUCAGCUUAUUUUGGGAUUUGAUCAUCCACCAUGUAACUGGAAAAUACAGUGGGCUCAUACAUCUGUAAUUUUAUGCUUUGCUUGAUGAGGAAAUAAUGUAGGAAGGAAAAUCCUCUAAAAGGGAUUUUACAAGGGACCAGUCAGCAUUUAGGAAGUGAGGGAUGCCAUUAUAUUCAUGCUUAACUCGUUUCCUUAAGCACCUGUUUAUACCUUAACCUUUGAAGAAGUUAUAUACACUAAAGAAGAGAACAUGAGAGGGACAUAAAAGUUUGACUUUAUUAAAGAAUGGGAUUAUUGUAGAUCUCCAGUCAUGAAGGCUUUACAUACUAAAAAACAUCAGACCAAUGUAUUUUUUUGAGCAGCCUACUUUAUAUUUGUUAUGGACAAGUGUGCUGUUUCUCUUACUUUACAAGUGUUUACUUUUAUGUGGAGCAACAUAUUUUCUAUCUCUCCCUGUUUAAUUUCAUAAGCUAUUUUGAACAACCUACACUCAAAAUGUAUAAUACUACAAAGGGCAGAGACUUAAAGUUUAUUGAUUAAAAAAUAGAAGUUUAAGCACUAGUGGCCUAAUGUCAAUAAUAACGCUAUAAGCUAUUGAUUUACUACCAAAGAGAAAUGAUAUAAAUUCCAGUUGCGAUGCAAUAGAAACUGUAACAAUUCGUAUUCGAACAUUAAAUAAUUGCCACUGGAAUUUUUUUGAUCAAACUACUUGGCUAUGGAGGAUAUUUUUUCACAAUUCUAUUAUAAAUCCUAAUUUAAAAGUGUGUUACUAUGUGUAUAAGGGCAAACAGUCAUAUUAGGCUCUCUACUUUUCAGAUAUUUGUCAUGAAACCCGUAAUGCACAUUAAUAUCUGUACACAACAUUAUGUAUUAUUCUAAUGGGGCAAAUCGAAGGGACACUUAUAUGGGCUCACGUUACCUCACAGAAACUUUUAUUUUAUGAUUAACUAUAAAACAGUAUGAAACACAUUUGUUUUGUCAGGAAAGAAGAAUCAGGUUUACUAACUUGCACAGAAUAUGAAAUCCAAUCGAAUUAUACCUGUAGAUAUUGUAAAUACUUUAUGAAACAAAGCCUUGCUAAAUUGUGUUGAAUCACUUAUACUGAAAAUAAAAUAACAGAAUGAAUAUUUCUGUCAAUAUA